CGCCCCGCCCCAUCAUGCACCGCGCGCGCGGCCACGCGCGCCGCCCGCACCGAGCCGCCGUCCCGGCUCCCGGCUGAAGGAGAGAGCGUUCGGCGCGGAACCGGGGAGCGCCGGGAGGCGGCGGAGGCCCGGGAGCUGGGCCGGGGUGCCAUGGCAGCCUCCUCCUCGUCCUCCUCGGCCGGUGGAGUGAGUGGCAGCUCCGUGACAGGCUCGGGGUUCAGCGUUUCGGACCUGGCGCCGCCCCGGAAGGCGCUCUUCACUUAUCCCAAAGGAGCCGGCGAGAUGCUGGAAGGUGAUUGCUGCUGCCCCUCUCCUUCCCCGCUCCUCCUGCAGCUGCUGAACUUCGCACCCUGCUGGCAAAGGCUGGAGAUGGCUCUGAGAGGUUCCUCUGCGAGUCUGUGUUCAGCUUUCAGGUUGCAUCAACAUUAAAGCAAGUGAAGCACGAUCAACAAGUCGCAAGGAUGGAAAAACUUGCCGGUCUGGUGGAAGAGCUGGAGGCAGAUGAGUGGAGGUACAAGCCAAUAGAGCAGCUCCUGGGAUUCACUCCCUCCUCAGGCUGAGCGUGUCUGGAUUGCUGCUGUCAGGGAGCAGAAGAAGAACGUUCCCUGGCCCAGCUUCAAAACACCCCCCAUUUAUCAGAUGCUGACAGCUGCAUCAGCAGGAUGGGGCUUUGGGUUUUUUUGAGAGUGGGGAUCCCCCGUAAAGCUGCCAAUAAACAGAAAUGACAAGAUUCUGUAGGUCCUUACAGGCUGGCAGGGCUUGGUUUCUGUAACUUAGAAGGCAGGAUCAGCUGUACAGCCCCUGGGUAAUCCCUGUGUUGUUUACAGAGGGGGGCACACGGGCAGUGUGGCUGCGGGGAGGGCGACCUCGUAACUCGGCCCGGGUUCCCGCUGGAGCGCAGCCGGAGCGCUGGGUGAGCGGGGAAACCCUCUGGAGCCAAUGCCAGAAGCACUCCUCAGCCCCUGCUGUCGUUCUGGGGGAUGGACACAAACUGUCCCAGGACUGGGUGAGGGGCCAAGAGGUGUCACCUCCUCCAGCAGUGCCUCAGUCAUUGCCCAAGCUGUUCCCUCUUCAUCACUGUUUCUGUGGUAGCGCUGGCAAGACACUGCUCUGUCUUACAUUACCCUGAAACUUUAUCCUCUUUGUUCUGUAUUAGAUUUCCCUGUGACAAUAAAAUAACUCUGAAACCCUU